AUGCCGAUUCAGGGAGGAUACAAGUACCACCAGUACCAGGUGGUGGGCCGCCAUCUGCCGACUGAGAAGGAUGCCGAGCCCCCCAUCUUCCGCAUGAAGUUGUGGGCUCAGGACACGGUCCGCGCCAAGAGCAAGUUCUGGUACUUCCUGGCCAAGCUGCGCAAGGUGAAGAAGGCCAACGGUCAGAUCGUGGCUGUGAACGAGAUCUUCGAGCGCCGUCCGACCACCAUCAAGAACUUUGGCAUCUGGGUGCGGUACACCUCUCGUACCGGCGUGCACAACAUGUUCAAGGAGUACCGCGACGUGACCCUGAAUGGCGCCGUGGAGCAGAUGUACCAGGAGAUGGGCUCCCGCCACCGCGUGCGCUCCUCCGCGCUGCAGAUCAUCAAGACGGCCACCAUCAAGGCCGCCGACACCAAGCGGGCCAACAUCAAGCAGUUCCAUGACUCCAAGAUCAGCUUCCCGCUGACGCGCCGCAUGGCACGGCCCAGCGACCCCCGGUUCAAGACCACCUUCAAGGCCAACCGCCCCAACGUUGCCAUCUUCUGA